AUGUCGUCUAGCGAUCAUAACAUGUCGGUCAGCGAUGACGAAGAUUAUCCAACCCCAUCAGAAGCCGGCGACAACUCGGAAAAAAUACUCAUCGACAGCCUCGGGGACUUAACUCUGUGCGUCGGGCCUCACCUCGAGCAAUACCAAGUAUGCUCGAGAACCGUCGCGCGCGCGUCUCCGGUCUUCAUGAGGAUGUUCAACGGCAACUUUGUCGAAUCGCGUCCAUCGAGCGGCGACUGGGUGAUCAAUCUGCCAGACGACGCCAUCAAGCCCAUGAAACUCUUCCUCAACAUCACGCAUGGCAACUUCGGCUCGGUUCCCCAGACUCUCAGCACCCGGGACCUCUAUAACCUUAUCGUACUGCUCGAUAAGUACGACGCGCUGGAGGUCAUUCGGCCUUGGGCGGGAGCAUGGGUUGAAGGCAUCAGCGACGACCUGGAACAGCCUGCCUUGUUAUACAUCGCGAGAGAGCUUGGAGACGCGCAACUGUUGCAAGAAGCUCUCAAAGCCUUUGCCCAUGGAUGGCAGAUGACAUCGCGAGGCGAGCUGGAGUAUAAUCCAGAUUUUGUUUACGGAGAUCCGCCACCGUAUGAACAACUGGAGCCGAUCUGGGUCCCCGGACGUGGCACUAUGAUGAGGCACAUGUUUCCGCUCAACUUUAUGAGUAUGACCCUGUCCGAGUUCGAAGAAAUGUUCAUGGCCGCCCGAGAGGCUUUGCGGAAGAUUGAGUUCGGACCGUACGUCGACCUGUUUGAGGCCGUUCAGCGAGAGGAACUCGGAUAUGCGACGAGCCACAAUACGGAUCGGUACAUCGACGUGUCCAAUCAACACGUCAAAGACCGUCAUUUCAAAUGCAGAGCCCAUAUCUGUUUCAAGAUAUUACUGAAAUUCAGAAAAGCCGGGCUUGGAAUUCCCACUCGAGAUGAGUUUGAGGCCUCGGACAGGAGCCAUGACGUUAUUCGUACCUCGGCCGCGGCAAUCAAUGCUGAAAUCGGUACUCUUGAAUGUUCUGAAUGCCGCGUAUGGGCCCAGCAAUACUUGAAGCGUAAGCGUGAGAGCCUGGAAGCAGCUGGAUUUCUCAGUCAGGACCCACUAUCCUAUCUCGUCAAGCAAGCUGUGAAAACAGGCCUCGCUGUUACGAAGAGGAAGGCGUGA